CCUGCUUGCUGAUCUCAUUGCAAAUUUGCUGCCAUGGCGCCGGCAAAACCCAUGGGCCAUUCCCAAAGGGAGGGGAGCACUUCUUUGCCUGACUUGAAGCUCCAGAAGUCUGCUUCUGCGCCCUCGGUGAGGAGUUCACAAGCGUCGCAGCUCCCCCGGCUGCUGGGCAAGGAGAAGAGCGAGAAGAGCGUGAGGGACGCCAAGGAGAAGGAGCCGAGACCCGCGAGACCCGAGCGGCCGGCGGAGAAGGCGAUUCCCGAGUCCGAGGUUGACGUCAACCGGAAAAUGCGCCGAGAGUUGCUGGAGGUGCUGUCAAACCCAAGCAUCCGCAGCAUCGCAGCGAAGUACUACCAGGAGGUGUCUGGGAAGGGCCGCCUAGGCUUUCGAGAUCUUCGCACCGUGCUCAAGGCGCUGAACAAGCACCUUGGCCUGCCGUUGCCGGCCACCCCCGUGGCAGAGCAGCUCUUCAAGCGAUUUGAUUUCAAUGGUGACGGGGACCUCAGCUUUGACGAGUUCUUCGAGCUCUUCGUCACCUCGUUGCGUCGCGUUGCGUUUGACCGGUCUGUACUGCUGGGCCGGGAGGUCUUCGUGACACAAGAGCCCGGCAAGGUCUGGGAUGUCUACCAACGCGUCAAGACCCUGGGAGAGGGCUCCUUCGGCUCGGCGCACCUCGGCAAGCACAAGAGGACCAAAGAGGAGCGGGUCGUCAAAGUGGUCAUGAAGUCCCAGGCGAAGCUACCGGUGGAGGACAUCGAGAAAGAGAUCAUGGUAUUGAGGCAGGUGGACCAUCCACACAUCAUCCGGUUGCACGAGUGGUACGAAGGGUCCUCCAAGAUCUACCUGGUGAUGGACGCAAUCAAGGGCGGCACCCUGCGCGAAGCGCUGCUGAGCUUCCAGCGUGAAGGGCAGCCGGUGGCGGAAGCUUGGAGCCGCCGAGUGGCGCAGCAAGUGCUGCAGGCCAUGGCUUACUGCCACGGCAUGCGGAUCAUCCACAAAGAUCUCAAAGACGAGAAUGUGAUGCUGCUGAAAGGGUCGGAACUGCUGGAGCCGUUCGUGGUGAUCAUCGACCUUGGUGUGUCGGAGAUGUUCUCCUCAUCCGACCCGCACGGCAAGUGUGUGGGCGGCACGCCAAUGACGAUGGCGCCUGAGGUCUGGGACAGCAACUUUGGACCAAAGUGCGACGUGUGGUCCGUUGGCUGCUUGCUCUUUGAGAUGCUCACCGGCAGCCUGCCUUUCGUUGCCAGGAGCAUGAGCCGCAAAGACUGGCAAGCACUGCACCGGCUCGGCCCGGACUGGCGGAAGGUCAAGACGUCCACCCUAAGCCGAAAGAUGUGCCAGGAGAUGUUGACCUACUCGGACCGAGAGAGGCCGUCCAUGGUCCAAUGCCUCCAGCACAAGUGGUUUGCAGCCCAGGAGGACGCUCUGGGGGCCGUGGACGUGGAGCAGCUGAAGCCGUUGCAGGACUUUGCCCAGGAGACCGCCAUGCGCCGGGCUGUCAUCAUGGAGGUUGCGUCCAAGCUGCCCAUCGAGCGUGCUGAGCGCAUUGCCAAGGUCUUCGAGAAGCUGGAUGAAAACCAGGACGGCGGAAUCUCCCUGGAGGAGAUGCAGCACAUGUUCAACAAUAUGGGCCUCAAGGACAAAGCCUUGCAGUCCAAGGCCUUCCAAGCGUUGGACAUCAACGGCGACGGGGUGCUCAGCUUCAGCGAGUUUGCUGCGGGCGUUCUGACCGUAUUCCACGACCUCCUGGAGGAGCGAUUUUUGGAGCUCUUCCGGCGGUAUGAUCUGGACUGCGACGGUAUGCUGAGCCGUGCAGAGCUUGAGGGCUUCCUGCAGAAGGUGUUGCCGCUAACCAGCCGCUCCGUGCAGCAGAGUCCGGGUGAUGCCAUCACCAAGCUGUUUGGCAAAGUUGAAGUCAUCAGCUUUGAGGAGCUGCGAACACAGCUGCUCCCAAGCACCCUGAAGAAGCGGAAGUGACUCCCGAGUCCCCGCGGUCGUAGAAGGCUUCACACCCUCGCGCGCCUUGCGCGUGCCAACGUUUCUGGAACGCGUGGCCAGAGAG